GUAGACUGUUUACACUGGACUACUUCUUAUUCGCACGUCACAAGUCAAAGACAAGAAUAAAGGCAGGGAAUGAAUGAUUUUAGUCAAACCUAUGAGGAGAGCAGUGUAGAGUGACAUAGCAGCACCUGUAUAAAGAAAGAGAACUCAGAAUGGGUUGUGCCUGCAGUGGUCAGAAACAUAGCAGAGAUUCGGGUCUCCCCUUAGGUGGUGACAACUUCAAGCUGAAUAGCAUCCCUCGAGGAUCACUUCCCAUACCCACUGAGUCAAGAAUAGAUGCUCCACAACUUGAUAAAGACGUUGUCAUAGCUCAGCAUGACUUCCUACCAGUGAAUAAUGACGACCUGGGAUUUAAAAAGGGAGACAAGCUGAAGGUCUUAGAAGAGGAUGGAGACUGGUGGUACGCCAAGUCAUUGGACACAGGGGAGGAGGGAUACAUUCCUUCCACAUAUGUGGCCAGAGUGGACACAAUGGAUGCACAGAAGUGGCUCUUCAAGAACAUAAGCCGCAGAGACACAGAGCGCCUGCUGCUAGCUCCGGGCAACAAAGGCGGAUCAUUUCUCAUCCGAGAGAGCGAGACCACGAGAGGAGCGUUCUCAUUGUCCAUCAGGGACUCUGUGCCAGAACAAGAAGAUGUUGUCAAACACUACAAAAUCCGAGCCCUGGACAGUGGCGGCUACUACAUCUCGCCAUCUACAACCUUCCCUUCGCUGCUAGAGCUAGUGAAGUAUUACUCCAAGACAGCGGACGGGUUGUGCCAACGGCUGACAACCCCCUGCAAGUCCAUAACCCCCGACCGGCCGUGGGCGCAGGACGAGUGGGAGAUUCCGCGGGAGACGCUGAAGAUGGUGAAGAAGCUGGGUGCCGGGCAGUUUGGAGAAGUGUGGAUGGGGUACUACAAGAACAACCAAAAAGUGGCCAUCAAGACACUGAAGGAGGGGAGCAUGGAGCCUGAGGCCUUCCUGCAGGAGGCCAACCUAAUGAAACGGCUGCAGCAUAGCCGGCUGGUGCGUCUGUACGCCGUCGUCACCAAGGAGCCCAUCCUCAUCGUCACCGAGUUCAUGGCCAACGGAAGUCUGUUGGACUUCCUGAAAACAGAAGAUGGAAAAGCAUUGAAGGCUCCUAAACUGAUAGACAUGUCGGCACAGAUUGCUGAGGGCAUGGCCUACAUUGAGAAAAAGAACUACAUUCACAGGGACCUGCGAGCAGCCAAUAUUCUGGUGUCUGAAACGCUGCACUGCAAAAUUGCAGACUUUGGUCUUGCCAGGCUCAUUGAGUCUGAAUACACAGCCCAGGAAGGUGCUAAGUUUCCCAUCAAAUGGACUGCACCUGAAGCAAUAAACUUUGGCACUUUCAGCAUUAAGUCAGACGUGUGGUCGUUUGGCAUCCUUCUCACGGAAAUAAUUACACAUGGGCGGACACCGUAUCCAGGCAUGUCCAACCCAGAGGUCAUACGACUCCUGGAUAGGAACUACAGGAUGCCACGCCCUGACCAUUGCCCUGUAGAACUGUAUGAUCUCAUGAUGAAAUGCUGGCAGGAGAAGCCAGAGGAGAGGCCUACGUUUGACUUUCUGCAGGACACCCUGAAUGACUUCUUCAUUGCCACCGAGGGACAAUAUGAGAUGCAGCCCUGAGUUUUCAUGCCUGACAGAAGGGGAUGGCGCCGGGGGCCAGAUGAGAUACAUGGUGUUAUCUCACAGAUAAAGAGGGAUUCCGCAUAACGCUGGGCUGUGCCCUCGCCCUGAGGAUUUUCUCCUUCCAUGAAUAACAGAUGAGCUGAUGCAGGCAUCUCCAGGCAGAACAUUCACAAGGAUUGUAAAGUGUAACGAAGAGACUUUUUUUUGUUAUGGAGCUCCAAAAAUGAGAAUUCAUUUGAUCUGGAGUAUGAAACUCCAAAAAUGACAAUUUAUUUGAUCUGGAGUAUGAAACUCCAAAAAUGACAAUUUAUUUGAUUUGGGGUGUGAGACUCCAAAAUAUGACAAUUUACUUGAUUUAGA